CCAAAUUUCGAGGCCAUUUUGUUACAAGGAGACAAGGAAUUAUAUAGUAUUACAAUACUUAAAUUUUCAUAUACGUUACGACAAAAAAGUAACUUAAAGUGCUUACUUGUUCGUCUUGUAAUCUCCGGCUCUUCAUUUUUCUUUACGAGAUUCAGGUGCCAUUGUUUGAAGCAAGUAUGAGUUUUACUGGGCCUUCCAUGGCUUCUGGUGCAGGAAUUGCUCGAAGGGCAUUUGAGUUUGGACAGACUUACGUGGUGAAGCCUAAAGGUAAACACCAGGCAACUAUUGUUUGGCUGCAUGGCCUUGGGGACAACGGAUCAAGCUGGUCCAACCUCUUGGAGACCCUUCCUCUUCCAAAUAUUAAAUGGAUCUGCCCAACUGCCCCCCAACGACCAAUAACUUUAUUUGGAGGCUUUCCUUCCACUGCCUGGUUUGAUGUCAAUGACCUAUCUGAAAAUGCUAUUGAUGAUGAUGAGGGUUUAGAUGCUUCAGCAGCAUAUGUGGCGAGUUUGUUGGCUACGGAGCCCCCUCACAUCAAACUUGGGGUUGGAGGCUUCAGCAUGGGCGCAGCAACUUCUCUUUAUUCUGCAAUUUGUUUCACUCGUGGGAAGUAUGGGAAUGGCAACUCAUACUCUGCCAAUCUGAGUGCAGCUGUUGGAUUAAGUGGCUGGCUUCCCUGUGCAAAGACUCUCGAUAGCAAACUAGAAGGAGUAGAGGGGGCUGUAAGCCGUGCUGCAUCAUUGCCCAUUCUUCUUUGUCAUGGCAAAGGAGAUGAGGUCGUUCCAUAUAAAUUUGGUGACAAGUCGUCUCAGAAGUUACGUUCAUGCGGUUUCCAAGAUGUGACAUUCAAAUCCUACACAGCACUUGGCCACUACACAAUCCCAGAGGAGAUGGACGAAGUUUGCGCUUGGCUAACUUCAAAGCUCGGGCUGGAGGGGAAAUCAUAAGUUGCAUUGUCAAAAGCAGCUUUCAUAUGCAUACUUAUUGCAGAAAUAUGGAGUAUCAUUAUUAACAGAUGGUCCAACUACUUAACUUUUUCUUUUUCAUUACUACCAACGAUGGUUAGUGUUCAUGGGGAGUACCGUGUUGAAGCACUUUUAGGUAAGCAGAAAUGCAGGCUAUUGAUUCAGGUCAUUGCCCCCAACCCAAACUAGGGGCAGUGACCAUUCACCUUCUAUUCGUCCUGCAUUUCAUGUCUUUAACAUUGUACAGCGGUCAAUUUACUGCUGUAUUAUCUGAUCAUGGGAACCUUAAUGUUUGGAUAUAUAUUCUUGUGCUAGUUGAUAAAAAUACAGCCUCUGUCCAUUGGCAUGAUUU